AUCCUGAGAGGCAGUGAGCGCUCAGAGAAAGGACGAGAGGAACAGACAGAUUGUUGGGCUGAAGAUCAUUGAACGCCAUGGAUAGCAAAUAGGAACAGAGUCAACAUUUUACACGUCUAGCCUGCAGCCAUUGAUGCUGUCAAUGAUUGACAGCUGCUACUCUUUGUUGUUGUUGUCAGACUGUUUGUUGUCGCUUGUCUUGGAUGCUGAAGGAUUGAUAGGAUUGGAAUUACGCUUCUGUCUGCCAUCCUCAAGACUUGCAUUGAGAGGUCCAAAAAUUGGAUGCAGACAAAAUAUUUGUGACCACAUCAGCAUUCGGCGUCAGCGUGACCGACAGGAGAAGCGUCGAGUCCGUCAGGAGUGGCGACAGCAGCCAGUCAGAGCGGAGAGAUGCUGAGUCCGUGCGGGCGUGCGGCCUUGGCUUUCAUGUCAUUACAGCUGCUGCUAUGGCGCGAAACUGUGACCAUCGAAGUUCCUCAACACCCAAAGAUCCUGGCAGACCUGAAACAGCCCCCGACUAUAAUCAAGCAGUCAGUGAAGGACUACAUUGUGGACCCCAGAGAUAACAUCAUCAUCGAGUGUGAGGCCAAGGGCAACCCUGUGCCAACGUUCACAUGGCGAAGGAAUGGGAAGUUUUUCAACAUCGGGAAAGAUCCUCGGGUGACGAUGCGGAAACGCUCGGGAACGCUGGAAAUCGGUUUCCGUAACGGAGGACGUCCGGAGGAUUACGAAGGAGAGUACCAGUGUUUUGCCAACAAUAUAUAUGGGAUGGCGCUGUCGAACAAAAUUGUACUCCAGGUCUCCAAGGCUCCUUUGUGGCCGAAAGAGGUUCUGGAGCCGGUGGUGGUGACUGAAGGCACCUCGUUGGUCCUCCCCUGUAACCCCCCUCCUGGUCUCCCGCCCCCUUUCACUUUCUGGAUGAGCAGCAUGAUGAUGCCCAUCCGUCAGGACAAGCGAGUUUCAAAGGGUUUAAACGGAGACAUGUACUUCUCCAACGUGGUGGCCCAAGAUGCUAACAACGACUACAGCUGCAACGCCCGCUUUCCGUUCACGCACACCAUCCAGCAGAAGAACCCCUUCACUCUCAAAAUUAUUACCAACGAGCCGUAUAAUCACACAUCUUACAAUGCCAGUGACACUUAUGUUGGCCGUAAAGUAUCCGAGUCGACGCCAACCUUCCUUUUACCGUUGGGGAGUGAGAGCUCCAAAAUGGUGCUGAGAGAUGAGCAACUACUGCUGGAGUGUAUAGCUGCAGGACUACCCACGCCUACGAUCAAGUGGUUUAAGAAAGGCGGAGAUCUGCCAGGACACAAAGUGAAACUGGAGAAUUACAACAAGACGCUGAAAGUGAUCAAAGUGUCCGAGGAGGACGCCGGGGAAUACGUCUGCAUGGCCAACAACCACUUGGGCAGCAUACGCCACUCCAUUUUUGUUCAAGUCAAAGCGGCUCCUUACUGGCUGGACAAACCUACUAACCUGGUACUUGCCCCGGAAGAGAAUGGGCGCCUGGUGUGUCGGGCGAAUGGCAACCCUAAACCCAGCAUCCAGUGGCUGAUCAACGGGCAAACAAUCAACAGCUCUCUGGCCAAUCCAAGUCGACAGAUGAUGGGAGACACUAUCAUCUUCCGCUCGGUGCAGAUAGGAAGCAGUGCUGUGUAUCAGUGCAACGCCUCCAACCAACAUGGCUAUCUGCUGGCCAAUGCCUUCGUCAGCAUCCUCGAUUAUCCUCCAAGGAUGCUGGGGCCUAAAAACCAACUUAUUCAAGUGGUGAAGAACAAUCGCACCUUCUUGGAUUGUCCUUUCUUCGGUUCCCCUCACCCUGCGUUACGCUGGUUUAAGAACGGACAGGGCAGCGGCCUGGAUGGCGGUAUGUACCGCCUCUACAUCAACGGAACCUUGGAGAUCAAACGUGCCCGAGUGGAGGACGAAGGAACCUACACCUGUGUGGCCAACAGCAUUUUAGGCAUGGCCGAAAACCAAGUCCGCCUGGAGGUCAAGGAGCCGACACGCAUAGUUGGAGCUCCUCGGCAUCAGUCAGCCAUAAGAGGUUCAACAGUUCGCUUUGAGUGUAAAGUGGAGUCUGACGCCAGCCUGCCCGUCUCUGUGGAGUGGAUGAAGGAUGACGAGCCUCUCUAUCUGGGAUGGAGGAUGAAGAAGGACGAUGAAUCUCUGACCAUCUCCAACAUCAACGAGGGCGAUGAGGGAACUUACACAUGUUCUGUUAAGUCAGAGAUUGAUCAGGACUCAGCGUCGGCACGACUCACUGUGUUAGAGGAAGUCUCCCUCAACCCCUCACUUUCUAGUGGCUUGCCUCCAGACCACCCAGACCCUCCGUUGGAUCUCGAUCUGUCAGAUCCAGCAGCACGCAGUGUUCGACUCACCUGGAUUCCUGGAAACGACCAGAGAAGCCCUAUUACAGAAUUUCUGGUCCAGUUUGAGGAGAACCACUGGGAGCCAGGAAGAUGGCAGGACCUGGCCACCUACCCCGGGGACCUCAAUUCCGUCAUCCUGCAGCUUGCUCCCUUUGUCAACUACCAGUUUAGAGUCAUUGCCAUUAACGCGGUGGGUCAGAGCAAGCCAAGCGCGCCCUCACCUCGAUACAAAACCAGUAGCGCCGCUCCAGAUGUCAUUCCCAGAGGUCUCCAAGGGUGGGGCUCGGAGAAAAACAACAUGGAGAUCACUUGGGAGCCCCUGCUCGAUCUGGAGAAAAACGCUCCAAACCUGCAGUACGUGGUGUGGUGGAGGCGGAAGGAUUCCGAUGCCGAAUGGAAUAACGUCACCACAAUCGGGAACAAAGUUGUUGUGCACGACACAAACACUUAUGAGCCUUAUGAGAUUAAAAUCCAGGCCUCAAAUGAUGUCGGCCCAGGACCAGAGUCUAAUGUGGUGAUCGGGUACUCAGGAGAAGACAAACCAACCAAUGCUCCUACAGAAUUGCGUAUUUCAAAGGUGAACAGCACUAAAGGACACAUCCACUGGAAGCCUGUGGACCUGGCCUCUGUCCAAGGAGAAUUUAAGGAGUACAGACUAUACUACUCUCGGGAGUCCAGUCAUGUUCCGGGUCUGCUGGUUAGGAAGGAGAACAAGACCAAAGGGUUCUACACGACCAUGGCUGAGCCGUCUGCCAUCCUCAGCAGUCUUGUACCCUUUUCGCGGUACAAGAUGUUUAUGGUUGUGGCUAAUAAUCGUUACGAGGGUCCGCCCAGCAACACAGUUGAAUUCAGCACCAAAGAGGGAGUUCCAGACGCUCCUCCAUUCUUCAGAAUCAAUCGCAGAGGUUUUGACACCAUCCACCUGGAAUGGGACAAACCUCUGGAACCAAACGGCAUUCUGAUUGGAUACCAGCUGAAGUACCAAAUAGUCAACGCUUCCAGGGAUGCUCGUUCUCAGAUUGAGACGUUCCAUCCCAACAUGACUGAGUACACCAUGCGCCUGCCUGAUCGAUCCACUCGCUACAAAUUCUAUCUGUCAGCGCUCACGCAGGUGGGAGCAGGCGAGGUCUUUCCGGAGGAUUCGCCCUUCUUUACCAAUGAGGAAAACUUUACUGAUGCUACAGGUGUAGUUGAGCUUACGGAUGCCUCUUUGUCUUCAGUUUUUACUGUUACUCCUACUCCUCUUGCUGCUCUUCCUCCUACUACUGCUGCUCCUACAACCGAUAGUACCUCAACCGAUACAACCACUCCUCCUGUUACCACAAUUGCUGCUGCUACUACUACUACUACUACUACUACUACUACUACUACUACUACUACAGCAGCAACUACCAUUGCUACAACUGAGGCCCUCUCUACCACACCACCUCAUGUGCUUGACGUCAACAAGAAUGUGGUCCGUGGGACAGAGAUCUGGAAUGUGACGGUGGAGCGUAACAGUAACUACGUUAAUGUCAGCUGGACACACAACUUCCCGCCCGGCACCAGCAGCUUUGUGCUAGAGUUCACACUGGACAGCGACCAGACAAUGAAAAUUGUACCGGUGGCACAACAGCCGCCAAUUGCGGUGCCAGAUUUGCAGGCAGGCGCCAUGUACCACCUGAGGGUUUACUCGCAUGAAUACAACAGCGUCAGCAGCAACACUGUCACCUUUAUUACCAAAGCAGCUUACAUCGACCAGGUAGACAUCGCUACUCAGGGCUGGUUCAUUGGGUUGAUGUGCGCCAUCGCCCUCAUCAUCCUCAUCCUCCUUAUUGUCUGCUUCAUCAAAAGGAGCCGUGGAGGCAAAUAUCCAGGCGGAGGAUGUGUGACUGCUUUGGCAGGUGGUCUAGUGCGGGAUAAAAAGGAGCUUCCUUUGGAUUCUGUUGAUCAGAAAGACCCGGAUGGAUCCUUUGAUUAUCACAGCGACGAGGACAACAAGCCUCUGCAAGGCAGCCAAACAUCUCUGGAAGGACCCGUGAAGGAGAGCGACGACAGCCUGGUGGACUACGGCGAAGGCGGUGAUGGCCAGUUUAACGAGGACGGCUCUUUCAUUGGACAGUACACCGUGAAGAAGGACAAAGACGAGACGGAAGGCAACGAGAGCUCAGAGGCCACCUCGCCUGUCAACGCCAUUUACUCGCUGGCAUAGUGCUACCACACGUUGCUUCGGCGGAACUAUGACACAAAGACGCGGGGGGACAAAGACAACGUCCUCAGACAAGAAACUGGGCUGGCUGACUGCAGUUAAUGAAGGAAUGACACAGACCGAUUAGCAUUCACGCCUUCAUUUGACAUUUGCAGAGUAGAAAGCUGACGCGACGUUUGGACUAAGUGCUCAUCUUUCUUUGUGUUCCGCCUGCCCUUUAUCCGCACAGACUUCAAGUGUGCCUUGGAGGUAGCUUUCAGCGUUUGGAGGCAUGGAAAAGCGCUCUGUAGACUUGUUGCAUUGUAGUUUUUACAACAUAUCAGCUUACUACCAUCCACAGAAUGCUAGCAGAUAUGUUUAUCAUAUUGAUAUGUGCACAAUGAAAGAUUCAAAAUGUUCCCCACAGCUGGUAAAAGACUCAUGAAAUCUUAAAGAACGCUGUAUAAAGUCCCGGCAAACCAUUUAGUGCCCGCUAAAUCUAUGCAGCCCAUGCCAUCCCAUAAUGCUUAGUACAUGUCUUUUGCUACCACUUGCAGGGUAUAUCGCUUGCUAAUAAUCACUUUGCCUUUGAAGCUGGAGCGUAAAUGCUUUGUCACCUCAAAUCCAACGUCGUACGUCCCAACAUGCGCUGGUGGAGCACAGUGUUCUCUCGGUUAUUGCGCUGGUUACCUUACAGAUAAAGUAGGGAGACUAUUUCAUGAUUUGUAUUAAUAUGACUUGCUUUUACUUAUAAACACUUCCUACUCUCUUAAAACACGUAAUUUUAGCAUAAAACAUAGACCCAACUAGCUGCUAAAGCCAGCUCUCCAAUCAGCUAAAGCAGGGGUGUCAAACAUACGGCCCGGGGGUCGGAUCAGGCCGGCGAACAGGUUUUAUCCCGCCCGCGGGAUGAGUUUGCCAAGUAUGAAAUUACCCUGAAAUUUUUGUAUGAAAAAAACAGCUGUUUUAAAUGUGUCCACUGGAUGUCGCAAUAGCAAUUCUUUGUAUCUUUGUAGAUGAUGCUACAUAUGUACAAAAUAAACCACAUGAUGUUAGUACAUCAGUCGAGGAAAAUGAUCAAACUACAUAAAUAACAUACUGUAAUUUGGUUUUGAUGUAAUGUUUUUAUCUUGAUAGAUUGAAAAUUAACACUAAUGAGUUGACUGAUUAACAUUAUCACAUAAUUUAUAAAAUAUAAAUAACGACAAAUAAAGUAUAUAUACUAUUGACUGCAACAGGUAAUUGUAAAAAAAAAAUAAAUAUAUGAUUUGUUCAAUUUCAGAAUGUGCUUGUUGUAUUUUUAAACAAAGAAAACAAUCUGAAGUUGUCUUUAUUUUUAAGUUAUCGUGCCGUGAUUUUACCAGUCCGGCCUACUUGGGAGUAGAUUUUUCUCCAUGUGGCCCCCCGAUCUAAAAUGAGUUUGACACCCCCGAGCUAAAGAGUCUCACUCAAUAACUCCACAGUGAAAACUGUUUUUAGGAGUUUACUGAAGAUUUUGUGAAGCUAAAAUAAAAUAAAAUAAAUGAUAUUGUAAACUGAUAGCGACCUUCGCUUUGCCACAUAGCGGUUUUUGAGCAAGGGAUGACUGCUAGACUUCUAAUUUUGGUUCAAAGCAAGUAAAAAACAGGAAGUCAACGGGACACCAAACAAUAACAAACACACUGCAUUAGGGAGUGGGCAUAACUACUUUAUGGUAGGUUCCGAUCCGCGAUGCACCGAGACCGCAAUAAGUGAGGGAACACUCGAUUUCACAUUUAUUUUGCAGCAUUUUAUCGUUUAAUGCGAGGACGCGGGAUAGACUACAAGCGUUCUCUUUUAAGCAUGCUGACUGUUGCUGUCAUAAUGAUCUUUUUAUUCCAACACUGUAUCACACAUUAAACAUAAUCACACAUCAUAAGAGCAAAAGUAGCUAUAACAUAUUACACUGCGUACAUUCAUUUUCUAAUUGCUGUUUGACGCCAAGAUGAAUAAUGAUGACAUUUAUACCUGAGAAGUCUCAAUGUAGCGCAGGAAUGGUAAAGACGUGUCUUCUAGAGUUAUUUUUAACUUUUUGUUUCUUUGUCAAGAACAUGAUCACAAGGUGUGCUGAUCACUUCAAGGUCUGAUGUGAAAAGUAGUUAAAAGCAAAGGAUUCAUUUUCAGAGACGUGCACGUGUAGCACUGUGUGCAUGUGUGUGUAUGUGUGUGUGUGCGUGUGUGUGUGUGCGUGUGCGUGUGUGUGUGUGUGUGUGUGUGUGUCAUAGCAAGACUCUUACAGUAAAGAGGAUUUGCACUGGUAUGAUUUAUCAGCAAACCUUUGGCCCCUUUUCUUUAAAAAACUAACUUUAUUCUGAGCCCCUGGUUUUCAAAGGUAAGUUAAAAAUACAGGUUGUAGUUAAUCAUGUCAUUAAUUUGUCAACAGCUUUACUGGCAUGAAAAAUGACAUUUGACAACAUUUAUUGGGAAUGGGAAUUAAUUUCCUUUCAAAAUGCACCAACUUUCAAUACCCCCUUUUGUCAUAUUAUCUUAUUAUUGUCAUACUGUUUUAGUGUAUUGCAAACUACUGCAAGUUUGUCAACUUUGCAAAGAAAUAGCAUUUCCAAAGAAGGUUUGUUCUUGCUACCGUAUUUCCUUGAAUUGCCGCAUGGAAUAUAGUAUUCGCCUGCCUAGAAUUACAGCCGGGUCAAACUCGUUUGGCAAAAUAAUUAGCGCAUGCUUGGCACUUCCGCCGGGUCAAAUAUGAGUCAUUAAAUGACUUCCGCCUCCUGGUGGUAGAGGGCGCUAGUGAUCCUUCUUGCGACUGCUAUACUGCAGAAGAAGACAACAUGCAGCAAGAGUGAGCAGCCAUUGUUUGCUUGCACUUUUACCAUGGAGGAUUACAUAUCUAAAAUAAAACGGUUUUCUAAACUGGACUUUCAAUCGAAGCAGGAGGUAAUACUUAAAGGAAGAUCUCCAUCGAGACUUUUAAAACUGAAGAAAGAUAAGGAAGACUUUUAUAGGAGCUGUGCAUGGACUCAUUUAUACCUAAAGGUAAGACCAUAAUAAUGUUUUUUUUAAUUAAAUGUGAUUUUCAUAAGGUAAGCGCCGGAGUGAGAAGAGGUUUUAAAAUAAUUAGCGCAUGCUUGCCAAUCCCGCAUGCUUUUGGUAAACGCAGGAGUGAGAAGAGGUUUUAAAUUAAUUAGCGCCCCGGCGGCUAUUCAAGGAAAUACGGUAAUCUUUAUCAUGAUUCAUUCCCCUGUUAGCAGAUUCAAACUCAACAGCAAAAUUCAACUCUUGGCUAAAUCAGCAGAUUUAAAGCAAUAAAUUCAAUGAUCCGUGAAUCAAUAAAUUCAUUGUGCCGUAAAUUAGUAGAUUAAUUGAUCCAUACAUCCAUAGAUGCAUUGAUCCAUAAAUCACUAGAUGAAUUGAUCUAUCAAUCAAAUGAAUUCAUCUUAAAGCAAUAUAUUCAUUAGUCCAUAAAUCAAGAGAUUAAUCAAUCCAUACAUCAAUAUAUACUGACUGCAGCUGGCAACUGGAGUUUAUGAUGUAUUUGAAAUGUAUUUGAUAUGUAUGUAUUCCUUUCUGUGCAUAGCAUUUGAUAUAUAAAUCUCCCAUGUAAUAUUUGUCAUAUAAAAAUGUAUUUCUGUUAUUUUCAUGUUGGCAGAUAUUGAUUGAUUAUGUAAGAAUAUUGUUGGAGCAUCGGGCCUUCCUGAACGAAUUCAUGAAAUUAUUGUUCUAUGUGACAAAAGUAUUCAUUGUGCUGCUCAUGUUGUAUUCCUCUUAUUAUUCAUACUUAUGUUUAUCAUACACGACAAUAAUUUUGUUGUGUAUUUAUAUUGUGUACAUCCUCCAGGAUAAAGCUCUCUUGUAAAUAUUUGACAUGUUGGCCAAUAACGAAAAGUAUGUUGAGUCCAUCAUGUACUUUGUCAUGUUACUGUACUAACAUUUGCAAAAGUCAGAAAAAAACACUUCAUGUUCCGCUUUGUUGACGUUGUAAUAUACGUUACAAGUAUAUGUUACAAGUAUACGUUGCAGUGUCUUGUUUAUGAUUGCUUUUUCAUCUGAAAAAAAUAAUACUUCACUUCAACGCA